UUUAUUCAUUUAUUACACCGUAUAUUAUUAUACAGAGAAAAACAAAAAUAAACUGAGAGUGUGUAUAUAUCUACACAACUCUGUUGCAUGUGUGUAUAUAUAUAGAUAUAGAUAGAAUCUGUAUCUAUACACCACCACAUUUUUAUUUAUAUCUGAUGAUAUUAAACAAGUGAUAAUGGAAGAACAUUGUAUAAAUUAAGGUGUUUUUUAAUAAUUUUUUUGGGGGUUUAAUGAUGGCUAACGUUUAUUCAACUUACAAAAAAAGAGAUGAUAUCUGUGAUGAUGUUUGUGGUCAGGAGGUAAGCAGGAUGUCAAGAAUCCGAUGCAUGAUGCAAAGUCUGGAUUUACGAACAGUUUUACUAUUAUUUGUGAUUAUCCCAGUUGGUUUCUUGGGUGUUUUUUUCCAUGGACAAAAAGUAACCUAUUUUCUAAGACCCUUGUGGCAAUCUCCCCCUCCACCUUUCAUUCAAAUACCUCACUACUAUCAUGAAAAUGUCUCGAUGUCUACUCUCUGCAGCCUUCAUGGUUGGAAAGUACGAGAAUAUCCUCGGAGGGUCUUUGAUGCAGUCUUAUUUAACAAUGAAGUGGAUAUGCUUACUAUUAGAUGGAAAGAACUCUACCCUUACAUCACUCAAUUCGUUCUUCUUGAAUCCAAUUCAACUUUCACAAGCAUACCAAAACCCCAUUUCUUUGCUAUAAAUCAAGACAAGUUUGACUUUGUGAAGCCUCGGUUGACUUAUGCCACCAUUCCGGGAGGAUCUAGAAAAGGGAAAAACCCGUUUUAUGAAGAGGCAUAUCAACGAGUGGCAGUUGAUCGGCUCUUAAGAAUUGCAGGUAUCGAAGAUGGUGAUUUGCUAAUAAUGUCUGAUGUUGAUGAAAUCCCGAGUGCACAUACUAUUGAUCUUUUGAGAUGGUGUGAUGGGUCGCCGCCAAUUAUGCAUCUUCAUCUGAGGAACUUUUUAUAUUCAUUUGAGUUCAAUAUUGCGCAUAAAAGUUGGAGGGCUUCAGUUCACAGGUAUGAAAAAGGAAAAACUAGAUAUGUACAUUAUCGACAGACGGAUUAUCUCUUUGCUGAUUCUGGGUGGCAUUGUAGUUUCUGUUUUAGAAAACUAAGUGACUUCGUGUUUAAAAUGAAAGCCUAUAGCCACUCGGAUAGAAUCCGGUUCCUUCAUUUUCUUGACCCAAAAAGGAUUCAAAGUUAUAUAUGCAAUGGGGAUGACUUGUACGAUAUGCUUCCUGAAGAGUUCACUUUUAGGGAGAUAAUAGGUAAUAUGGGUCCGAUCCCUCAUUCGUAUUCUGCAGUUCAUUUGCCUUCUUAUCUGUUGCAUAAUGCCGACAAGUACAAGUAUCUCUUGCCUGGGAAUUGCUUACGGGAAGCUGGUUAAAUGUCGGUUGAAAAGAUUGUGCUGUAGUCAAUGCAGCAAGUGUAGUACAUGCGACAAACAGGAGGCGUCUUGAAUAGGAAGCAGGGCAAUGCAUAUUUUGAUAUUUACCUUACAGUUGAACAAUGCAUAAACAACUUGAUUUUUUUUUCUUGUGUUUAUGCACAACCAAUAUUACCUUUAACUUUGAUUUUGGUAUAUGUUUAUGGUCAGGUUUUGCUUAGCCCUCGUUGUAAUAUAUAUUCUAUACCUCCAUUUUCAUUAUGUAUUACCAAAUUGUUGCAUAAAUCAGAAGGUUAUUAUGGGUAA